AUGGCAGAAGCAGAGGGAAACUUGAUAGGCCUUUUGUUUGAUUUUCUCAAAUUUCCAUUGGGAACUAUCAUGUGUCUGCAAAGUAAGAGCAUGAAGAAUUCUCCAAAAAAGCGUAAGAGCAUGAAGAGUACUAUUGCCGCUGAUGAAAAUCUCGAUGGUACUCAACCAAAUAAGAUAGGUUCAAUUGGAGAGAUCGGUUGCAUCAACAAUCUGUACCAGAGCGUGAUAAAUCUUGAUGCUGAUGUUUUCUUGUUUCCUACUAUUUAUCAAAAUAUGUUCAUUUGUCCGCGCAACCCUAGCGAAAACCUUUGCCAGAAGAAAGUACUGAGAUUGAAUGUGAGUGAUCAAGAGCUUCAAAGAGAGUCCUUCAGGUGUAAGUGCUGUUGUGUUUGGUCGCAGGGUACUCUUGCAGGAACAAGUUGCAUGUGUGGGAAAAUAUUAAUGGACAGGCACUGUGAGGAAACCAGUAGGGAUACUGAUUUUAUUAACGGGAAAAGCAAGUACUUAAUUUUUAAUGAUUUAAAGGUGCUUCAAAGUUCUCCCAACAACUGUGUGGAGCAACUUGUCCAACUUGGCUACAAAAACUUCAAUGAGCUGACAGAAAUGUUCAUAAAUGUUGACUUGAAGGAGAUGUUGGGCAUAGUAAAUCAAGCAUUAGUAUCGGAAUCCCCUCUCAACGAUUUAUUUUUGAUGAAUGGAGAAUCUAAGCAAACAUACGUUCGCUCGCCAAAAAUAAAGCAAAAAGUCAAAUCUGAAUUUGAGGACAGCCAUUCUAACAGUGUUAUGAACCUCAAUGUAAUGGUGAGAAAAUCAAAGAACGAGAUCCUGGUUCUCACAACACCUUAUGCAUCUAUCCUAGAGCUAUUUGGUAUGAAUUUUUCUUACCAAAGUUUGAAUGAUCUCAAUUCAUUGGGGUUCACAAGUCCUUCACUCUCUCUCUUUACUUGUACAAAAGAUCCAACAUCCUGUAUGACCUAUAGAACUGGGGAGAGAGGAUUUGUGAGGAGGCAAUCACUAUUUAUUGUAGGGGAUGAUCUGCAAGUGACACCAUGUGGAAAUACUUCUGGCAUUUCCUUUCUACAAAAGCUGAAUGUGCCAUUGGAUGAUCUGCAGAAACAUGUGGUGAGCAUUGGGGAGACAGAGGCACUAAAUUUGUUGCGAGCUUCCUUGACUACCAAAGCUGCUUUGAGCCAAGGCCUGUCCUACCUUUUGAAGAAACCAGAGGAGGAAACUAAAGCUGGUAACCUUAGGUUUGAGUGA